AUGAGUCAGGAAGCACUGAGGGCUAUUUUAGGAGUAGAUAUCCAAAGAUCGUCCCUGCAUGACACAAGCGACUUCUUCGACAGUCAGGGGGGAAACGAGGACGAAAUCUCCCUAGACACUGAAGACGAAAUCUCCCCCCAGACAUCAAGUAUUGGGCGCGAUGGCCGUAUCACAAAUCGUCGGCAAUGUAAAAAUAGAUGUACUGGAAUCCAUGUGCAUCAGCCAAACAGAAAACAAGAAGACGCCAGAGAGGCAAUUGAAAGCAGACUUGGUCGACAAGAGCUUCUGGGAUUAUUUGUCAAUGAUUUAAUCCGGCAAGACCUGUCACCAGAGGAGAUCCUCUUCAAUAACUCGCAAGUUCUCACUCAGAUCACACCAGGGUCGGCCGACCAAGAAGAGCAGCACUUCGUGGUGGUUCCCGAGAGCGUCGAGGUGAACCUCGGGGAAGACGUCGUCCUCAGGUGCGUCGUCAGGAACCAGCAGGGGAAGGUCCAGUGGACGAAGGACGGCUUCGCCCUCGGUGAGUUCACUUCCGAGAGAUUCGAGAGGGAAGUUCCAGGUUACCCUCGAUACUCCUACCUGGGAGAUCCUGCGAAGGGCGAGCACCACCUGGUGAUCAACGGCACGACCUUGGAGGACGACGGGGAGUACCAGUGCCAAGUGGGACCCACAGGCACGACCAGUGCCCUCUGGGCAGCCGCUAUAACGUUGCCUGUAUGGAACCCACUGACUAACGUAGAUUACGAAUCUAUCUCUCUCGCCAGUGGCUCGUCGAGCAUCAUCGUCAAGGGGGACAGAGAAGAGACGGUGGAAGGAUUCAGGGGCAGACCCUCCAGCUCGAAUGCGUCGUCAAGGACGGUCGGCCAGCCCCUUCUGUCAGCCUGGUACAGGAACGGAGUCUUGUUCGAUCAAGAGCUGCACAUGGAGAGGCUCGAGACCUCACCCAACGGGCGCAGCUGGAGCGUCGUCAGUCACCUGUUCAUGACGCCUGAAGCCGAGGACGACGGCCAGCAGUUCUCCUGCAGGGCGAUGCAUCCCUCCCUCACCAACUCCCCGACGCCUUUGGUUGCCUCCAUCGCCCUUUCUGUCCUGCUCGGGUACUUCCCCGGAGGUAUCCUUAGAGCUGGGGACACCUCGUCCACACUCGCCUGCCAGUCUCCCGGGGGCAAUCCUACUCCGGAACUCACCUGGUACAAGAAUGGCCAGCUCCUGAAGCCUCAGAAUUUCACCUCGGAGACGAACGAGGGAAAACACGAGGAUGGGAAACUCAGUCUGGUCAUCAAGGUGAGACCAGAAGACGACAAGGCUGUUUACGAGUGUCAGGCUGUCAACGAAAUGGCCGAGGAGCCUGUGAGUGCCAACGUUACCUUCACUGUCCAUUACAGUCCAAAACGGGUCACGGUCAAAGGUCCCUCCGUCGUAGCUGCAGGACAGACCUUCACUCUGACCUGCAUCACUUCCAGCGCAAAUCCUUCUGCCUCCAUCCACUGGUUAGUUGACGGAGUUGAGGUGGCAACCGUAUCUUCCCUGGUGAGCGAGGGAGAAGGGGGAGGUUGGGUGACCUCAUCUGACCUUAAUUACAGCCUAGAAAGGUCAGUCAGUCUCGCCGAGAUUAGCGUCGAAUGCAGAGCUUACAAUUCUGUCCGCGACGCUGUCGUUAAGGAGACUCGUGUCAUCAGUGUUAUCAAGCCCCCGGGCGUCCCAGCCUGCAGUGGAGGGGGUGGGGGACGUGGUGGCCGUGGGGCCAGUUGGUGGUCAAGUGUAGCAGCGCAGGAGGCAAUCCACAUCCGGGCGUCACGUGGAAUCUACAAAGGCCACGAGAAGCUCCUGACGGAGGUGACGGUCGACGGGAGAGUGACCAUAGCGAGAGCCGUUACAGAGGUCACACCCUCCGACAACGGAGCCAAGAUCUCUUGCCAGGUCUCAAAUCCAGCGACUGACGCGCCCCUGGUGGCAACAACGCCAAUCGAGUUGUUCUUUCCUCCUUGGGAAGUGAAGGCCGGGGUCUCCCCGACCAACGUCUCCGCGGGUCAAGUCGCAAAGCUGAUCUGUGAGUCGUCCUCGAGCCUUCCUGCUUCGACCAUCACUUGGAGGUCGGGCUCAGUCACCAACCACGGAGCCACUUCCAUGCACAGGUCGGGGCUCUAUGGAGGUCAGGUCACCAGAUCUGAGCUGGAAGUCAGGGCCCUCAUAGAGGACAACCAAAAAACGCACAUACAUAUGUGACGCUACCAACGGCUUGGGGGUUACCGUAACAAGCAACGUUACGC